CCCACCAUGACCCUCCGCCGAUCAUCCAGCCCGACUCUGGCUCCCAUGCUGCUGGCCAUGCUCCUGGGUGGCCCAGUGCUGGCCUCAGAGAUUGUGGGUGGCCGGCCAGCCCAGGCCCACGCUUGGCCCUUCAUGGUGUCCCUGCAGCGACGUGGAGGUCACUUCUGUGGUGCCACACUCAUCGCCAGGAACUUCGUCAUGUCCGCAGCCCACUGCGUGAAUGGCCUGAACUUCCAGUCCGUGCAGGUCGUGCUGGGGGCCCACAACCUGCGGCGGCGACAGGAGCCCACAAGACAGACCUUCUCUGUGCAGCAGAUCUUCGAGAACGGCUUCGACCCCACGCGUCUGGUGAACGACAUCGUGAUCCUCCGGCUCAAUGGCUCAGCCACCAUUAACGCCAACGUGCAGGUGGCCCAGCUGCCUGCCCAGGGCCGUGGCGUGGGUAACGGAACUUCAUGCCUGGCCAUGGGCUGGGGCAGGCUGGGCACCAACCGACCGUCACCGAAUGUGCUCCAAGAGCUCAAUGUGACCGUGGUGACGAACUUCUGCCGCCGCCGUUUGAAUGUGUGCACGCUGGUGCCAAGGCGGAGAGCAGGCAUCUGCUUCGGGGACUCUGGAGGACCCUUGGUCUGUAACGGGCUUGUCCAAGGCAUCGACUCCUUCAUCCGUGGAGGCUGCGGGUCUGGACUGUACCCAGAUGCCUUCGCACCUGUGGCUGAGUUCGCAGACUGGAUCAAUUCCAUUAUCCGCAGGCAUGACGACCACCCCCAUACCCACCCCAGAGACCCCGAGAGCAGGACUGUCUAGGACCUGCCUGCCCCCCAAUGCUGUCAGCCUAAGCUGCUUGUGGCAGCCGUCAAUAAAAGCAACAUUUCCUUUGUACACUGGGUCUGGUGUUUGUUGACUGUGCCACAGAACUUAGAAUGCUACCACUGCCUUGUGAGGGGCACCUGCGGACUUGGCCACCCAGUUGGCGGGGCAAAGUCACAGCAGGAGGCAUGUACAAAAGGAUGUCAGUGAGGUGGCCCUUUUUGGUUUCUGUUCCCCAAAACCCACAUUCAGCUAGGUCUCAGCACUCAGGACACUGAGGCAGCAGGAUUGCCAUGAGUUUGACGACAGCCUGGCCUAAGAGUGAGCGUCUGCUGCUCCUGUAGGGGACCUGGGUUCCCACAUGGUGGCUCACAACUACCUAU